UCAUGGGUACGACUCGCUCGACCAGCUGCUGGCACAGAUCCUGGCAGCUGCUGCUCAGCCUGCUCCUGCUGUCGCCCAGGCUCUGCGACGCCGUCACUACGCAACAGUUUCUCCAAUCCCUGGACAUGAUGCGCAACGGCUGCAUGGGCAAGUUCAAGGUGCCGCUGGAAACCCUGGAUCGCAUACGAGACGGCGAUUUUAGCUUCGAGCCCUCACAGGACUUGCUGUGCUAUAUGAAAUGCGUUGCUCAGCUGGCCGGCAUUUUGACCAAAAAGGGCGACUUCAGCGUGAACAAGGCCAUGGCCCAGAUGCCCAUCAUUUUGCCCGUCGAGCUACAGGAUCCAGCCCAAAAGGCGCUCAACCAUUGCAAAGAUGAACCGAAAGCUCACAAGGACCAGUGCGCCCAGGUCUACUACAUAAGCAAAUGCAUUGCGGACUACGAUCGUCCAAACUUUAAGUUUCCAUAGCAACAGAAAAAGUAACAAAAUAGAGAAUAAAGUUAACUAGAAA